AGAAAUUCAUGGGCAGAGGACUUCUCUCCCUUAGGCUUCGCCUUUCCCCGGUCAGCAAGACAUGGGUUUUUUCCACAGCAUGCAAGAAACCCCUCGCGUUUUAAAUUUCCCAAAAUGUGCCGAUGCGAAACUCGUCCCCCUCGCUCGACCUUUUGCCACGCUUAGCUAGGAAAAGUUAGCAAUCCUGGCACUUGAGCUCCGUGAGAGUGGACUUUGGCUCUUAGAAGUGGGGAAUCAUGUUAUCACACACAUGCACUCACAAAAAGGCAAAUCUGCUUCUCUCUCUUGGCGGAUGCAAAGGGGAGAAGUGCUAGGUCAGGAGAGGGAGAGACGUGCCUAUCCGUAAGGAUUUUUAGGCAAAUGUACGUUUCAAAUAAAUGUGCUGGUUCUUUGCAUCCUGUCCUGUUUAGCGGAUCUGUCAAGGGGAGAAAAAAGGGGGAUCGCCAAGCUCGGCCCGAUGCCCCACUGAAAAUGCCUCCUGGGUCCCUCCGGGCUGGGGCGGAACGGGGCGGGCUGAAGGUCAGGCAAUUUGCAGAAUAUGCGUAAAAUAAGAGGAGCUUUUCCAGCGGCUGGCUUUGUGAAGUUGAAUGGGUGCUUAGGGCAAGGCGAGGGGGGUAAUCUGCCUUUUGCCCAGCUGUCCCGGAGGUGUUGUCUGCACCGUCUGCAGGGCGCCUGGCACUUCCCGGGAGGGGAAGCUCCUUUAGCAUCUCCUGGGGGAGGGCAGGGGGAAAAGUUAAAAGGAAACAUGGAUUUGACAUUCUGAUAAGGCGGCUACAGCCGCCCCCUCCCAUCUACCAGCUCAGAGGAUGUCUCCUGGUUAUCUCCAGGUUGUCUGCACUCUCGGGCGGGCUAGGGGCCGUCGCCUCUCACCUGCUGCGCGCCCCCCGCCCCCUAUGGAGCCGGAGACAGGGAGGGGAGCGGAGACCGGAGACUGCUUCUCCAGCUCCCACCUUGGCGUCUGAAGGGGUUCCGCCACCGAGCCCAGGGUCUUCUGAAGCGCCUUCAGGAUUUCAGAUGUGUUCUAAGCCUGCCGGGGUGAGCACGCUUCCAGGCACUGAUGGAGACAAGAGCUCAGCACAGCAGUGGGUCGCAGCCCUUACUACAGGCUCGGCGUGACAGUGGGAGACCACACGGGGAGCCUGACCUGCGGGAUGUUCUAAUGCAGCAGGUUCACGUCUUGUCAUUGGACCAGAUCAGAGCCAUCCGAAACACGAAUGAAUACACAGAAGGACCUACGGUGGCUCCACGGCCAGGGGUCAAGUCCACUCCUCGGCUGUCAACCCAACCCAAAAAUGAGAGGCCCCAUGGCUUGCCUGAGCAUCGUCAUUUUAGCCGGAUUCAGCACACACAGACACACACAUCUCCUCGGGCACCUCUGUCCCGGUCUAUCAGCACAGUCAGCACAGGUUCACGGAGCAGUACAAGGACAAGUACGAGCAGUAAUUCAUCUGAACAGAGACUUCUAGGAUCAUCUUCAGGGCCAGUUGCUGAUGGGAUAGUCCGGAUGCAGCCCAAGUCUGAGCUCAAGUCGAGCGAGCUGAAGCCCCUGAGCAAAGAAGACUUGGGAGCGCACAGCUACAGGUGUGAAGACUGUGGAAAGUGUAAGUGUAAGGAGUGCACUUAUCCGAGGACCCUGCCCUCAUGCUGGAUUUGUGACAAGCAAUGUCUUUGCUCAGCCCAGAACGUGGUUGAUUAUGGGACUUGCGUUUGCUGCGUGAAGGGCCUCUUCUAUCACUGCUCUAAUGAUGAUGAGGACAACUGUGCUGACAACCCCUGCUCCUGCAGUCAGUCACAUUGCUGCACUAGGUGGUCCGCCAUGGGUGUAGUGUCCCUCCUUCUGCCUUGCUUGUGGUGUUACCUACCAGCCAAGGGUUGCCUUAAGUUGUGCCAGGGCUGUUACGACCGGGUAAAUCGGCCUGGGUGCCGCUGUAAACACUCCAACACCGUUUGCUGCAAAGUUCCCAGCGUCCCCCCCAGGAACUUUGAAAAGCCAACAUAGCAUCACUAGUCAGAAAUACUAAAGUAACAAGGAUUAUUAUUUUAACAUACAUAUGCAACCAACUAAGCAGCUAUGGUCUUGGCACUGUAGUAGAAGGGUUGGGGAUGUACUUUGCUGUUUGCAGUGAAAUGCUUUUCUCUGUGUGUGCCAUCUUAACUGAUACGCUUGUUACGAUCCAGCUAGUGGCAUACAGGAAAAAAAAAAGGGAUGCAGUACAUUGUGACCCACAUAUUGCAUAAGCUAAAGCAACACAGACACUCCUAGGCAACUCUAUUGUUUGUGAAUAGUACUUGCAAGAUUUGUAAAUUAGCAAAUGACUGCUUUUUUUUCAUUGUUUUCUGCCAGAGAUAAUGUGCUAUAUUUUUGUACAUACAAUAAUAUUUUCAACUGUGAAAAGUAAGUGGUGUCAUAAAACAUGGCACAGUCAUAAAAUAUUAUACUAAUAUGUUGUACAUUCGGAAGAAUGUGAAUCAAUCAGUAUGUUUUUAGAUUGUAUUUUGUCUUACGGAAACCUAUUACAAGACUUUGAUUUCCCUUUGGACUUCAUGUAUAUUGUACAGUUACAGUAAAAUUCAGCCUUUAUUUUCUAAUUUUUCAACAUAUUGUUUAGUGUAAAAAAUAUUUAUUUGAAGUUUUAUUAUUUUAUAAAAAGAAAUAUUUAUUUUAAGAGGCAUCUUAAAAAUGUCACCCCUUUUUAUGAGGACGUCAUAGUUGCUGCAAAUAAGGGGUGAACGAUGCAUAUGUUCACUAUAAAAUAGAAAAUAUAUUAACGUUUGAAAUUAAA